AUAUUUCCAUUUUUAACGUUUUCAUAAUAAUGGCUUUUCAUUACAUUUCUAGAUCAUACGCAAAAAACAACAAAAAAAAUCAACUAACCAAUAACUAGGGUUUCCCCUUAAUCAUUAAAAAAUCAACUUUUGAUCAGUAUAGCUUUUGAUGUUGCGUAAAUUACUCUUGAAUUAAAGCUGAACCCAUUUUUGUUAUUGCAAGAAAAAAGAUUGUUUGAUUGUUUUGUAUCAAAUUUUGAUCAAUAUUUUUUUCUGAUACAUUUGGUAUCUUUUUGUGAGAAAAAUGGACAAGAAAAAAGUGGCAGUGCCUCUAGUUUGUCACGGCCAUUCACGUCCUGUGGUUGAUUUGUUUUACAGUCCGAUCACUCCAGAUGGGUUUUUUCUCAUCAGUGCUAGCAAAGAUUCUAGCCCAAUGCUGAGAAAUGGUGAGACUGGGGAUUGGAUUGGUACCUUUGAAGGACAUAAAGGUGCAGUGUGGAGUUGUUGCCUGGAUACCAAUGCCUUGUAUGCGGCAUCUGGCUCUGCAGAUUUUAGUGCGAAAUUAUGGGAUGCAUUGACUGGGGACGAAAAACACUCAUUUGAACACAAGCAUAUUGUUAGAGCAUGUGCUUUUUCCGAGGACACACACCUUCUACUCACUGGUGGAUUUGAGAAAAUUCUUCGUAUCUUUGAUUUGAAUCGUCCAGAUGCACCUCCAAGAGAAGUUGAUAAUUCUCCUGGUUCAAUUAGAACUGUCGCAUGGCUUCAUGGUGACCAGACAAUAUUAAGCUCGUGUACUGACAUUGGUGGUGUGAGGCUAUGUGAUGUAAGAAGUGGCAAAAUUGUUCAAACCCUUGAGACCAAGUCAUCUGUUACUAGUGCUGAAGUGAGUCGUGACGGUCGCUAUAUAACUACUGCCGAUGGUUCUACUGUUAAGUUCUGGGAUGCAAAUCAUUUUGGAUUGGUGAAGAGCUACAAUAUGCCAUGCAAUGUAGAAUCAGCUUCAUUGGAACCAAAACUUGGCAAUAAAUUCAUUGCUGGAGGAGAAGAUAUGUGGGUCCAUUUAUUUGAUUUCCAAACUGGAGAAGAGAUUGGAUGCAACAAAGGCCACCAUGGUCCUGUCCACUGUGUAAGGUUUUCUCCUGGAGGAGAGUCCUAUGCUUCAGGAUCUGAAGAUGGAACCAUUAGAAUAUGGCAAACAGGCCCUGCAAAUCAUGAAGAGAAUGACUCACAUCCUACAAAUGGACCUACUGGAAAAGUAAAGGUUUCGGCUGAUGAGGUAACUCAGAAGAUUGAGGGCUUUCAUAUCGGCAAAGAUAAGGCUGCAGAUGUGUAACCUGAUCAAUGAGAGUACAUUUGAAGUGUUUUGCAAUGUUGUGCACUGUGCUUUGAUUUACCGGUUGUGAGCUACAGAGUGUCUGUUUCUUUUUGGAGGAUUGUCCUGUAGAAAUAUAAUAGACUGUUCUUGUUUCAGUUCCGGUUGCUAUUAGAGCAAAUGUUUUUCAGCUAAACUUUCAGAUGCCUUCAGUUCUUUUGGACAUUGUUUUUCCUCUUGAAAUGAACUCUUUUUCCCUUUUUUAUGGUCCA